AAUCUCAAAAUGGACCUGCGAAGGUUUUUAGUAGCAAAUCUACGCUGUUGUUGAUUUUUCUCCAGCUGAGGAAGUCGGCUGGGCACCAGUUUUGUUUGUCCCUUAAAAUCUGAAUUAGCGGCAGUUUCACAAAACGGCCAGUUUGGUUUUAAAACUUUAAGCUAACAUCUGGAUUCUCUGUGCUAGACUUUAAAACACUGUUAAAUAAAAAAGUGUGACAAGUCGUGUUUCGUCCAGUUCUGUGGGGUCUAACAUGGGGAAGUCCAAGCAAAAGGGGAACCACAAGAGUGACAAGAAGAAGAACAUUGCAAAGACAUGGAAGACAAAGCGCAGGACCAAAGACUUGGACCAGAUCCACACAGACAUGAAGCCUGAGAUAGCAGCCAAACUGCUACACCAGGAGGUGGACUAUGAUGUGACCGGAUGUGCACAACACUACUGUUUACACUGCGCGAGAUAUUUUGUGGACAUGAGAUCCAUGAAAGAGCACUUCAAAAGUAAAGUGCACAAAAAACGGUUGAAACAGCUUAGAGAGGAGCCCUACACCCAGGCAGAGGCAGAGAGAGCAGCGGGAAUGGGAUCCUACAUCCCUCCAAAAACUGUUGAAGUGAAGACACAGCCUGUGGAAGAGGACAUGGACUGAGAGUUGCUCACAUUAAUACAUGGACUGAAUAAUUCAAUAACAGAAGCGCUGACAAAACAGAUAAUGCUCCUGUUAUUUCCUGCUGUCACAAAUUCCAUUGCAUUGUUAAAUGCUUUAUUUUUUGUGACAGAUAACAUGUUUUUUCAGCCAGCUGUGAUAUAACUGGCUAUUUAACUUAACUGGGUAUCAUCAGGAUCAGGAAAGCCUUACCUUACACUGGGUACUUGUAAUGCAACAUGUACCUAUGUAAAUACUGUGUAUGUGUGUAACUGUUUGGAAUGAUAAUAAACAAUAAAAUACAAUGGAUUCAGUCAGAUUGUAUUUAUACACUACAACACAGUGUAGUUAGAGCAAUGUUUCUCAACCUGAGGCCCCAGUACAAAUCAGAGGAGGGGUCAGAAGAUCAUUAAAGAAACAGGAAAAAUAUUUCUUUCACACAAAAUGAUGUGUAUUUAUUUAUUGAUUUAUUUUACUUUUUUUUUCCAUGGAAAAUUCUUUAUACUUUUGCCUGGCCUGUUAAUCGGACUAAUUAUCAUUUGUUUUCAGUUUAUUCCUCAUUUUAACAGACAAAACUAUGUAUAGUGACUGUGGUGUCUGCAACCUGGCUAAGUUUUACCUAUUCACGUCUAUAGAAACCUUUCAAAGUAAACAAUUU